GGUCAAUUCCACAUUUCCGGACCCGAUAUAUCCAGAGGGCGACCUCCUUCUGCCUCCAUUCUUCCAGUGAUCGAGUUCUCUCCUCCUCCUCCCUCUUUCCUCUCAUAGCAUCAGCACAAUCUCCUCCUCUUUCUCCUUCAUCCUCCUUCCUCGCAGUGGAUUCCUUUGAGGAGCAGGACAAAAUCGUAAGAGCAGCCUUUAGCACUUGACUCCACCCCAUCCCCCUCUGUCGCGAACACACCCCACAUUCACCAUGUCGGACAAAAAGGUCAACAACAAGCCAAAGGUGGCUCCCUCGACCCACCUCAUUGCUGGUGGUAUCGCUGGCUUCGCAGAAGCAUGCACCUGUCAUCCGCUGGACACGAUCAAGGUGCGCAUGCAGCUCUCGCGACGAGGCAAGCAGUCGGGCCAAAAGCCGCGAGGCUUCUUUGCGACGGGCGCCUACAUCGUCCGGCGUGAGACUCCGCUCGGUCUCUACAAGGGUCUGGGCGCCGUCGUGGCGGGCAUCGUGCCCAAGAUGGCCAUUCGCUUCAUGAGCUUCGAGUACUACAAGGCCGCCCUGGCCGACCGCCAAACGGGCGUGACGAGUCCCCAGGGCGUCUUCCUUGCGGGUCUGGGUGCAGGCACCACCGAGGCAGUCGCCGUCGUCAACCCGAUGGAGGUCGUCAAGAUUCGCCUCCAGGCGCAACAACAUUCGCUCGCCGACCCGCUCGAGGUGCCUAGGUACCGAAAUGCGGCACAUGCUCUGUACACUAUCAUCAAGGAAGAGGGUCCCCUGACGCUCUACAGGGGUGUCGCUUUGACUGCGGCGCGACAGGCCACUAACCAAGCUGCCAAUUUUACCGCCUACCAAGAACUCAAAGCGCUGGCUCAACGGCUCCAAGAAACCUCAGAACUGCCCUCGUAUCAGACUGCCACUAUCGGCCUCAUCUCUGGCGCUCUCGGGCCCUUCUCAAACGCUCCCAUCGACACGAUCAAGACCCGAAUCCAACGGGCGUCGCGCGUCGAGGGGGAGACGGCGCUCAGCAGAGUUGUCAAGGUGGCCUCGGAGAUGUUUGCCCAGGAGGGUGUCAGCGCCUUCUGGAAGGGCAUCACUCCUCGUGUCGCCCGUGUCGCCCCGGGCCAGGCCGUCGUGUUCACCAUUUACGAGAAGAUCAAGGGCAUCAUCGAGGCUGCCAAGGCUGGGGAAUUCUCUCUCGCAGACACUCGCUCGGACGAGUGAUUCUGCCCAAUCAAGACCCGCUCCUUCUCCCAACGACAAAACAUGCCCUGUUCACACCCUCUUUAUUCUGUGAACCUUUUUCCUAGGUCCACCAACAAGGUACCCUCAACAAUGACGACACCAAAAAUGGAAGUGCUAUUACCGACAACGUUUGUUUGCCUCGAAAAGAAGUCUGCUGUCUCUCCUCCUCAAUUCCAACGCCAGUGAGACGGGAGCAAGCUCUGAGGAGUAGGUAGGUGGGGGCUGUCAGACUGCGCAAACGCCUUUGCC